UUUUUAUAUAUACAGUUUUCAGAAUCCUGAGAAAAUUGGAUUGAAGAUUUCAGCACUUUACUAAUAAAUUACAUAAUGAUUGACUUUAUUUUGCUUUUUCAAAUUACCAUUGUUGCGACAAGUUUUGGAUACAUUUUGAUCAACUACAAUAUCAUUUUUUUUUUAUUUGUUAAUCACUGAGAUAAAAAAUUCAGUGCUUUAUUAACUAUAUAUUACUUCUUCAAAUAAUGAAUGUGGAGACAAAUUUUGAACACAUUUUAAUCUGGGCGUUUAGGCGGAGGCACAUGUCUAAUCUCAAUAUUUUUAUUUUUGUAAUUUUUCAACUGAAAUUCCAAAUAUGAUUUUGGGAAUAAUAAUUGGUAAAUGGUAAUUAGCAAAGUGGAAAGUUAUCCCAUCCGUGGUGUGAAGCUUGUAAAUGAAAUGGUUAAAGAUGAGGAGGACAAGAUGUGUGUUGCAGUUGCACAUCACCUCAAAAUUGAAAACCCUCAAACCCCCCCUAAAGUACCCACAAAAUUCCCUCUCUUCUUUCUGCCCCAACGGAAGCUACUUUGCGCUUCUGAUUUCUGUGCAGCAGCAGCAGCAGCAGCAUCCGCCCUCUCCAAAAUCCUCAUCUCGGGAGUCCCAGAGCAAUAGUCAAAUGGAUAUUCGUCCUGUAAUAGAUGAGUUUGAUGACGACGCUACUGCCCUUGACUUGGAACACCCAAUUCCUUUUGAUCAUUACAAUCAUGCCUUAGCCCAAACUCUUUCCACCCUGGGGGAUCCCAAUCUCGAGCCCUAUGAAGGUAUGGAAUUUGAUUCUGAACAGGCUGCCCGCAUUUUCUACAAUUCAUAUGCUCGCCGCAUUGGUUUUAGCACUCGGGUUAGCGUUUACCAGCGCUCACGUCGUGAUGGCUCCAUCAUAUGCCGCCAAAUUGUCUGCUCCCGCGAGGGCUUCCGUAGAGAUGCCAGUCAGAAUAGGUCCAAGCGCCAGCGUACCAUCACUAGAGUUGGUUGUAAGGCCCAAAUCACCGUCAAGAAGCAGACUUCUGGAAAAUGGGCUGUCUCUAAACUUGUUAAAGAGCAUACCCACGAGCUUGUGCCGCCAGAUAAAGUGCAUUGCCUUCGUUCACACCGGCAUGUCUCUGGUCCUGCUCGCAGCCUCAUUGAUACACUUCAAGCUGCUGGGAUGGGCCCAAGUGGAGUGAUGUCUGUGUUGAUUAAGGAAUCUGGUGGAAUCAAUAAUGUUGGUUUUACUAAAGUUGAUUGCCAGAAUUAUAUGAGUAGUAGUCGUCAGAGGAAACUUGGGAGUGGGGGUCAGGUUGUUUUUGACUACUUGAAGCGAAUGCAAAAUGACGAUCCUGCCUUCUUUUGUGCUGUCCAAGGUGAUUUUGGUAACUCAACAGGAAACAUCUUCUGGGCUGAUGCUCCUUCUAGAAUGAAUUAUAAUCAUUUUGGGGACACUGUUACAUUUGAUACGACAUAUAGAACAAACCGAUACCGUGUUCCUUUUGCCCCUUUCACUGGGUGGAAUCAUCAUGGACAGCCUGUGUUGUUUGGAUGUGCUUUGCUUCUUAAUGAGUCAGAGUCCUCUUUUGUUUGGUUGUUCCAGACUUGGCUAGCUGCAAUGUCUGGCCGCCAUCCUAUUUCAAUCACGACAGACCAAGAUAGGAUCAUAAGAGCAGCUGUUGCACAAGUUUUCCCAGGGACCCGCCACAGAUUUUGUAAAUGGAAUGUGUUUAGGGAAGCUCAGGAGAAACUUUCUGAUGUAUAUCACUUGCACCCCUCUUUUGAAGCAGACUUCCAAAGAUGCAUCAAUUUAACGGAGACAGUGGAUGAGUUUGAGUCAUGUUGGGAAUCCCUUCUUCUAAAAUACAGUCUUGGAGAGAAUGAAUGGCUUCAGUCAAUGUACAACACUCGACAGCAUUGGGUACCAGUUUAUCUUCAGGACACAUUCUUUGGGGAGACGUACAUAACUCAAGGAAUUGAUAUUGCAAACUCAUAUUUUGAUGGUUACAUAAAUGCGUCAACUAAUGCCCAGGUUCUGAUUAAGCAAUAUGAAAAAGCAGUUGCAAGUCGAUAUGAAAAGGAAGUAAAGGCGGAUUAUGAUACAUUAAAUACAGCACCAGCUUUAAAAACUCCAUCUCCUAUGGAAAAACAAGCAGCCAACCUUUACACAAGGAAAAUAUUUAUGAAAUUCCAAGAGGAAUUGGUUGAGACUCUUGCUUAUCCUGCAACUGCAAUUGAUGACACAGGAUUAGAAGUAAUGUAUAGGGUGGCGAAAUUUGGAGAAGACCAUAAAGCACAUUUUGUGAAGUUCAGCAUUUUCAGAAAGAAAGCUAGCUGUAGCUGCCAAAUGUUUGAAUUUUCAGGCAUUAUUUGUAAGCAUGUAUUAUCAGUUUUUAGGGUAACAAAUGUUCUGACAUUGCCAUCUCAUUAUAUCUUAAAACGGUGGACAAGAAAUGCAAAAAGUGGGGUUGCAGUGGAUGGUUGCGCUGUAGAAAUGCAAAGUAAUAGUCAGGUGUCCUAUGCUGCACGUUAUGACAACCUGUGCCAUGAAGCCAUUAAAUUUGUGGGAGAGGGGACAGAAUCAAUACAUACUUUUCUCGUUGCUAAGGAUGCUCUUCAUGAGGCUUCAAAGAAGGUUGCCUCUGCAAAAGAGCAUGAUUCUGAAGUCACAAAAAAUAUUCCUUUAAGUACGGGCCAGCUGCUUCAUUCUGGCUUUGAGGAUGAGGAGAAGAAAAUUCAGGAAUUAAGUGUAGAGUUGGAAGAUGCAAGUAGAAGGUGUGAAGGGUAUCGUGCAAAACUGGUAGAUGUUUUGAAAGAUAUGGAGGAACAGAAGCUAAAGAUGUCAGUGAAGGUUCAGAAUGUGAGGCUCAUUCUAAAAGGCUAAAAAAAAUAAAGAGUUGCACUGGGUUCAUGUAACUAACUGACUAGCUAGCUAGCUUUAGUGAAAACCAAAAAGUUGGAGGGGCGAGAUAGCAGCUAUUGCCUAUUGUAUUUCUUUCUUCUUAAAAGUAAUUUAUGUUGCAUUUGCAUAGAUCGAGAGUAUUUGUAAUUAUGGUAUUAUUAUGUAGUGCAGGCACUGCCUUUGUGGGCCCAUAAUCCAGAGAUCACUUGAAGCCCAGCUGAUGAUAUUUGUUUGUUCUUUUGCUUUUUGUAUAUA